AGUCUUGUGUUGGUCACAAGCUAGUCACGUAGUACAACAAACGAAAGCGGCAGUCGCCAUUUCACUCUGAGACUCCAUGGUGGAGACGCAAAUUGCAGCCUAAAAAGUGAAGUGGAAGCUCCACAAUGGUGAAAAUAUUCAUUGGGAACCUGUCACCAGACACCACAUCAGACGAACUCCGCUCUCUCUUCUCCCAGUAUGGCAAGAUUGCAGAAUGCACCAUCGUCAAGAACUUCGGCUUCGUGCACAUGGACGACAAGUCGGAGGCGGAAGAAGCCAUCCGCAACCUGCACCAUUACGAGCUGAACGGCCAGCCCAUGAACGUAGAGUUGAGCCGCGGCAAGUCGAGAGGGUCCACCAAACUACACGUCGGCAACAUUGCCUGCACCAACCAAGAGCUGAGGGCCAAGUUUGAAGAGUUUGGCUCCGUGGUGGAGUGUGACAUAGUAAAAAACUAUGCCUUCGUUCACAUGGAGCGAAUGGAGGAUGCCAUGGAGGCCAUUAAUCAGUUAGACAACACAGCAUUUAAAGGCAAACUGAUGAGCGUGAAGCUUUCGACUAGCCGCCUGCGUACUGCGCCGGGAAUGGGAGACAGAUCGGGUUGUUAUCGUUGCGGGCAGGAAGGCCACUGGUCCAAAGAGUGCCCUCUUGACCAAAAUGGCUACCACAGAAACGGCUCAGAGCCAAAGUCUGAUGGAUACGAUGCCUUGAGAUUUGGCGGGCGUGGCCGCAGCAGGGGUUAUCAUCCGGGCUUCAGCGGCGAACCGGAUUAUGGGGGCGACUAUGCUCCUGUACAUGGUUUUUCCCGGGGUUCUGGCCACAGCAGCAGUGUGGUGGGGUACAGAAGGGGUGCGGGCUACGAGAGUGCAAUGAGAUACGGGCCGCACCCCGGUUACGGCUUAAGCGCCGUGGCUGAACAUAGCAUGGCUCGGAUGUACGGCAGCGAGGCGGCAUACAGGAGCAACGGCUCACUCUAUGGCGCGGUACCAGCCUACCCGAUGCGACGGUCGCCUUACGAGGACAGAGAUCCGUACGGGGUCGUGGACUACUACGAGAAGUACAGGGCCAAUUCGUACGGAGGCAGUUAUUUUGAGGAACGCCGCGCCGUCCCCUUGCCUGCUCCAUCAACAUCUUCUUCCACAGCUAUAAUGAGGGAACGUCUACCCCCCUCUAGCCUCGACCCAUACGAGUGCCCUCCCCUCCCUCCUCCACCAGCCCCAGUCUCCUCAUACUACGCACGUGACCGGAGUCCGAUUCGGAGAGUCCCUGCCGAGGCAGAUGGAUACACAUAUGAGCGUUCGCGCCUUUCUCCGGUGUCCACCCUCCCAAGAAGCUCUACUUACGACCAUACGCGGGAUCCCGGCGCUGAGCGGGCACGAUAUGCAUACUGACCCUUGUCCCAUACUGCUAGGUGAGAGCUGAAUGACAUUAAGCGUGUAGAAUAGCCUAAGUCCCAUUCGAAUCACUGAAAUUUAAACUUCAAACUGUACAUAAUAUUGGUGAUAUUAGGUAGGUAAAAGUCCACCCUCUGUCUAUGUGAGGCGUGAGGAUAGGAAGAAUAAAGCCCCAUGUCAGCUUGUCCAUCUUAAUACCCAAUGAGUAGGUUUCAAUAUGCAUUCACAUUAUGUUUUGAUCUCAUUCCAGUUUAUACUUCAAAGUGCAGCAGUUAAUGCUGAGUUGACCAUCUUUCAUUGUCCUGUUUUUGUGUUAUGGUAUUGGUGCAUCUCUGAGAUGGCUCAUCCCAACUGUGGAAGUGCAGGUACCAGGUUUAUCAGCAACCCGGUCGACAGCCCCUUCAUGAAACUGUAAGAAGAGAAUUUUAGCCCCUCCUAAAGUAGCUAUAUUGUUUAUGCUAUUUAUAUUCAGUCACUAGGAAAAAAGUUCAAUUAGUGCAUGGUGCAUGUUUUAAAGGUGAGUCUUAUGGUGACAUUCAUGAAAAUUAAUAAAUUCUUUUCAGCAGCAUUUCAUGUAUUACAAUGUGCAUUUUAGUGUGUUUGUGUACAUUCACAAUGUUAAGGUGUAUGAUGACAAUGUUACUUUAACCAAUUAGAAUACUGUAAUGGUUAUAUUAUUUUACCUGUGGACUGUUCCAAACAUUGACCCACAGUAGGUAAAAACAUGGUUAUACUUUUUUUUAAUUUAAUUUGGGUUAUCAGACCUUUUGUGAAAUUAGUUGAGUAUUAGUUAAGUUUUUACCAAGCUGCAUUAUGAUCCUUUUUUUUUUCUUUUCACUAGAGACCAUACUUACAUGACUUAGAUUUUAGUUGCAGUAACAAACAUGAGGCUUAACAUCUUGAACUUAUUUUAUAGUUUAAUUAUGAAUAUGACCUCAAUUCCCUAUGCUGUCUGUCUGUCUUGAUCUGUAUCUUAGGUUCAAAUUAAAGUUUGUCUUAAGUCACAA